UAAAUCAAUAGUAAAAUAAUAUUUUAUUAAAUUAAUUUCAUUGUUUUUGUAUUAAAUCGCCGUCUCGAAAAUAUUUAAUGAGGAUUGAAUUUAUGCUUGGAGAUGAUACAAGAGCACUAAACCUGAAUUCUUGAUUAACAAGAAAAAAGGGGGUUGGCGAACAUAAGUAUUAUAUAUGUGUAUAGUAUAUUGUACACUUACAAAUAUAUGUAUGUACGUACAAUUAUAAAUACAACUACCGCAAAUGCCGCCAUUUGCUCUCAUUUUUUUACUUUUUAUCAACAUUUAUAAAUAUAAUUUGAUGGUUAUAAAUAUCUGUACAUAUUUUCAGACCUAGACGCAUCAGACAUCAUUAAAACUAUUAUAUACUUGUACAUACACAUGUCUGUAAUAUAUUUGUAUAUACAUGUACAUAUUUAUAUACAUCCACUGAUUAGCUAAUUUUUGCAUUGAGCAAUAAAUGAAAUUAAUCAAAAUUAAAACUAUUUUAAUGAAAAUUAAAAUAGAAAUUUGGGUAUAAAAUUCAGAGCAGAGGUUAUUUACUUUUUAUUUACUUUUUAUUUACUUUUUAUUGAUACUUGUCAUAACCUCUAAAUAAACGUCAGCUGUCUUGGAGACUUGGAGCAGGACUAAUUAAAUAGGAGCAGAAUUAAAUAAUCAAAAAAAAAAAAAAAUUAAAUUUAAAUUUGUAAAAAAUGACGCAAUUAGAACUGGAUCCACAAUUUGUACAAGGAUUGAGAUUACUCCAUUCUAGCAAUAAAGACUCGAUGGACCAACUGAGGACUCUGCUAGAUGAAGCCAUCAAACAGAAACAUGGAUUUUCUAAAAUGCUUUGCAAUGUUUUGCAUAAAAAGUACACUAUCGAAGAACCAGUCCUAAGUGACCACAGUAGCUGCAGCAGUAAAAAAAGCAAAAGUUCCAGCUCCUCUAAACACUCAGCAAAGUUUAGUAAAAGCGACUCUGUGGAAGAAAUUCCAGCACGUGACACUCCGCCUGACAUAUCUGAAAUCGAGGAAGAUAAUCUUGCAGAAAUUCUAGAGGAUGAUUUAACUUGCGUGGUCUGCAAGGGCAUGGACGUCGGCGCGAGGAACAGGCUUGUUGAAUGUGCGGAUUGUCACUCGCUUUAUCAUCAAGAGUGUCACUCUCCCGUGAUACAGGACUCGCAAAUAGAUGUACCUAAACAUAUUUGGUAUUGUUCGCAAUGUAUCAAAGCUCAUCAGCCGAUAAAAGAAAAAGGUUCUCCAAAACCAGACUCUAAAAAAGAUAAAAAGAGUUCAAAAAAAUAUAAAAGCUCGAGUGAAUCUUCAUCGAAAUUAAUACCAAAUAUAAAUAUCAUCGGAGGUGAUAAAAGGUUCAAAGAAGUUGCGAAAAAGUCGAAAGACAAACGAUCAUCUAGCAAACACUCUAGUCCUUCGUCUUCCUCGAAGAGUUCAGAUAAAACUUACAAGUCAAAAUCAAAUGCUGACUAGGUUAAUUAUAAUUGUACAUACUAGUAAAAAUUACUUUCACACGUUUACAUUUUUAAAGAGUGAAAUUUAAAAUUUUUUGUCGGAUUCUAUUAAAAUUAAUAUUUUAGUAAAUUUUACGAAAGGUUAUUAAAGACAGAUAAGGAAUAUUUGGUUUUCUUUCAGCAGCUUAGGAUUAAAAUUUGCUGAUUCUUCAUUUUUAUAGCAAGCCUAGAAGCUGCUGUUUGUACAAUCGCGAGGAAAAUAUAAUUCUAUUUCUUAUCUUUGCUGAAUUUUACAAACAAGAUUAUACAAAUAUC